AUGGAAUGCAAUGAUACUAGACUGUUCGACACAUCCAACAAUGUGACCUACUUUAUAAUUGAGCAAUUUUAUCGAUUUCGAUACCUUUACUCAAACGUCCAUCCGUACCUCUCAUUCGUCCUGUGCAUCUUGGGUUUAGCUGCCAACCUCAUCCACAUCUGCGUUCUCACUCGUCCCAGAAUGCGUCACUCGUCAGUACACACGGUUCUAGUCUGUAUAGCUUUUUCGGAUAUGGGAACUAUGUCUUCGUAUUUGUUGUAUAUAUCUCGAUUCGAGUUUCUUCCCGAAAAAGAGGGCUACCCUUACAUUUGGGCUCUAUUCCUGAAGUGCCACGCAAUGGUGUCCAUCGCUCUACACGCCAUUACACUGUAUCUGGUUGUGCUGAUGGCAUUCAUAAGACUGUCUGCUAUGAAACUGACCACUUCAAGAUGGUUGGAUCAUACCAGAGCAUUAACAUCCGCAAUAUUCAUAGCCCUCUUUGUGUUCAUCAUGUGUGUACCCACUCUUCUGGCACAUCAGAUCGACGAAACAACCAGAGGAGUCACAUUGACAGGAAUGUAUUAUCGUUAUAGCGUUGGCUUCUCCACAUUAAUGCUUCAAAAUGGUUGUUUCUUGAUGAAAGGCAAUUUGUGGUUGACUGGAAUAUUUUUGAAGGCUCUACCCUGUCUUCUUCUGCUUACCUUCACCAUUGCUCUCAUCCAUCGCCUUCGAGAAAACAACGAAAAGAGAAAGAUUCUGAUCAAAGAGGAGCGUGCCAAGAAGCGAGGCGACUUCACAACUUACAUGCUUCUUCUAAUGGUUACUGUCUUCUUGUUCACUGAACUUCCACAAGGAAUCAUGGCUAUUAUGAAUGGUAAUACUCUAGGUGAAUCCUUUUUCCUAACAUUCUUUGUUCCAGCCCUCUUUACCACCCAAUUCCACCAAAUGGUAUAUCUAAAUCUUGCCGAUGUUUUGGAUCUUCUCUCCCUAAUCAACUGCUACGUAGCUUUCUUGGUGUACAGCUUCACUUCUUCUAGAUAUCGUCAGACACUAUUUAGUCUCUUGCCAUUAACCAGAAUCUCCUAUUCCGGAAUCUCCACUCGCCAAGGAACCCUUCGAUCCCACCCCAACCAACCUGCCGCACCAAAAACCCUUGUUCAACGUGCCAACUCUGUAGAAGUGGCUUCUGUCCGAUCUCCCCUAGUUGACAAGUCGGCAGCCACGACUCGGCCAAAUUCCGCUCAGCCAACUGAGUUUUAG